GUCACAAAGCUGAAAUGGUUGUUUCAGGCCGUUUUUAUUAUGAAGAAAAAAGUUUUCAGUUAUAAAGCACAAGAAAAUGGAAGGAAAGAAAACUGCUUGCAAUAUGGUGGUGUAAUAUUGACAUCCAUCCUGCAUCAUAUGGAGUGAAACUGCAGAGAGGACCUGGACUGGCUGGGACAGACACAGCUGUUGAUUAGGAGCAACAUUUGUACCAAGGGAGUGUUUGACAUGUUUAAAAUCAGGUGUGGAUCUCUGUUCUUAAGGAACUUGUCUACUUUUCCAUCCACUUUCGCUGUACGGAGUGACCAAGACAUUCAAUCGUGGAUAUUUCUCCUUGAGAAAAUGACAUCAGGCCAUUUUUAGCCAAAAAUGAAGCCCCUCAUGCUGCUGUUUUGGAUUUUUGUUCUGCCUGUACACACUUUUGUGCUUCAGCCAAGUGUAAAUGUGACAGUCAUGCAGAAUGUAUCUACAGAAGGUGACCUUAGGGCAGAGCAGAGACUUGAUCGUUUGAUGAAGGCUCUCAACACUGAAGAGGAGAAAAGAAGUGAGGAAGAGGUCUCAGUUGAAAGAGUGGAGGAAGAUACGGAUACAGUUCACAGUAACAGAACUGAAGAGCAUGGUAUGGAACAAACAAGAGAGCUCACAGAAAGUGAUGAAGUUGUAGAAAAUGAGAAGCAGCAAGGACAGAAUCUGGAGGAACACAACAUCAAACCCAUCAUUACUAUACAGAAUACCAGCCAUUCACAAGAAAAUGAGGGUGAGGAACAUCUACCUCCAACUGUCAAUCAGACUACCACUCCUCCUACCAUGGCCACCGCCUCUCAACCUGUCCUGAACUUCUAUUCAGAAUCAGUUACUGUACCUUCCUCAUUCCCCUCCACUUCACAAGGACCAGCAGCAACUACUGAAACCUUACAACAAAAAAUCAUAACCACAAAACUUCAUAUUGUGAAUUCAACUUCAACUGCUGAGGCAACGGGAGCCACCUUACUAGUAAAUGAAAGCAGCACGAAUGAUGAUCUCAGAGUGGAGUUCCAUGUGAUGAACAGCUCUAAGCUCCACCCACUGGAGGAAGUGAGUGUUGCUGUUACGGCAAUGGCUGCAAGGGCAGGGCCCACUGUGAAGGCCCCUCUUAGUACUUUUAAGGUCGAAUCAAAAAACAAAGCAGCAGGCGCCAAACCUAAAGACAAUACAACACUGAAAGCAAAAAAGAAAAAGGUCCUCAAAGUAAAGGCAAAAAAGGCCAAAGUUUCAAGAAAAGCACAGAAGGUAAACAAGUUCAAACGAGAGAGAAAAUUGAAGCCAACAACACCUUCGUAUUUUCCCUAUUUUGAAGAUCACUACUGUCCCCCAGAAUGUUCCUGCUAUGGAAGGGUUGUACAGUGUUCCGACAAAGAUCUUGGUAAAAUACCUUACGGAAUUCCUUACAACUCCCGUUACAUUCUUUUAAUGAACAACCACAUUGAUAGCAUUCAGCUGAAGCUGCUCUCUGAGUAUGACUCCAUGGAGUUCCUGGUGUUAAGCAGCAACCGUUUAACAGAUGAGACAAUCGAGGGUGCCUUUGAAGGGAUCAAGAGUCUUAAGAGACUCUACAUAGAGCGGAACCUUCUCCAAAGUGUCCCCAAUGACCUGCCCGUUACUCUUGAGGAGCUACGGCUGGAUGGGAACCAGGUAAGAGUGAUGUCCGAUGCAGCUUUUGGACGUUGCCCAAACCUGCUGAUCCUCAGUCUGAGCAACAACAGCCUGGGGAACAAAUCAUCCACUGUUCCUCCGGGAGUUCUUCUACCUUUAGGCAAGCUUCGGACGCUUACUCUUUCCUACAACCAUCUUGCCUCUGUUCCCCUACAGCUUCCUCUCAGCCUUCGAGAACUCUAUCUCAGAGGGAACCGCAUUCAACGCCUACAAGGCGACAUGUUCUGGGGUGCAGCUGAGCUGCAGGUUCUGGAUCUAAGUGUAAAUAGAUUGACCGAUAAAGGUCUUGGGAAGGCAUCACUGUUGAACGCCAGUCGCCUCGAGAGUUUAAAUCUAGAGGGGAACUUACUGAAGCAGGUUCCUCUCCAUUUACCCCGUAGCAUAAAAACUCUUAACUUGGAGGGGAACUUCAUUUCUACCAUUGGCAAGGAUGCUUUUAUCUCAAUGCCUCAGCUGGAGCACCUAGGCCUAUCAAGAAACAAGAUCACUAAAGUGGCACUUGGUGUCUUCCGGGUUCUUCCACUUCUGCAUCAACUAGACAUGAGUUAUAACACCUUACAACAGAUACCACGGCAGCUACCAUUAUGGCUCCACUCUGCGACAUUUUCGCACAACAAAAUCCGUGUAAUUCCACGGGAUGCUUUCUGUUGGGGUCGAGGCAACAAGUCUCCUCUCAGCCGCCUCGUCAGGGUUCACCUGGAAUAUAACAUGAUAGAUCUGGGCCACCUGGACACAUUGGCCUUCCGUUGCCUCAGAGGCUUUCAGGUGGUGCAGUUUUACUAAACUGAACCAACUGAGAAUCCCAUAAAUGGUCCACAUAUGGGUUGAUGUGGAAUUCCAGCUUGGUUCCAGCUUGGUUCUUCUUUAUUGUCUAGACUGAACACCUUUAAGAGAGCCGGCAACAUCUGGUACAAUGAUGGAGAAAAUUAGUGAACUUUCAGAUGGACAAAAGUGUGAAAAUUGUGGUUAGCGAUGAGGAAGCUGCAUAGACUGGAAACGUGUCAAAUAGGACAAAAACCGUAUUCUGGCCCUGAUGUGUUGCCUCCGACACAUAAAGAGCAGCUGGGUCACGACCCAUACCUGAUGAUCUUUUCCCUGUACCCUCCUUCCUGUUGAUGCUUAAAGGAAUAGUUCACCAAAAAAUGAAAAUUCUGUCAUUAAUUACUCAACCUCGUUUC